UCGACUCAACAAAGCUCUGCCACCAGGACUUGCAGGGAUAACCCUACGAACUUGCGAGUAACCCCACGACAACGUCGAGAGACGGAACUCAAGUUACAGGGUCGCUAGCUUGACACCUUCUAAGUUCCCUCCACAUUUCGUCUGGUUGGAAGUAAAUUCAAAGGCCGCUUCCCGCCUUCCACCGAAAGUCGAGGCGUGAGAGAGCGAGAGAGAAUGGAGAAGGAUGAUCCAUGGGAAUGCUUGGACGUUGACGAUUCCGAUCUCCAACCUUUCGUCCGACCCUCCACUCUCCUUCCUUCGAAGCGGCCCUUGGAAAUUCCAGAUGCCCAUCUAGAGAAAACCGGGAAGCACGUGGCUGUUUCCCUUCAUUCCGCGCCUUCCACCCAACUCCCUUCUCUCGAACCCUGUUCGCAACGCAUUCGAGCCCCCUUUCAAUCUGAGAAGAUUCAAGAAGAAAGCCUAUUUUGCAGCAUCCAAAAUGUCGACGCUAAUCAGGAAAAUUCUGCAGAACGUGCGGAGUCCGAAGAAAUUAGGGUUCAUGCGGCUCACGAUUUGGGGAAUAACCUGAGGUUUCGCCAUCGGAUUCCUGGACCAGCUGGUGCUGUUCAGUUGGCUAUGCAGAAAGAUAGUGAAGUAGGUGGCGAAAGAUCUUGCCAUCCGCAAGAUGGUGUCUCGUUUGACUUAAUGGGAUGCCAUGAAGACGAAGACUUCAAGAAGAGUCCAUGGUUACUUGCUGUGGAUUUUGUCGAGAAGCAGCAAUCUCAAUUGGAUGCGGAAGGCGCUUCACGUACAACGCCAAUAAAAUUGAUCAAAUCAAUUGCCCAGAGUGUUGAUCGCUUGCCUCAGGUUGUGGGAAUCCUGAAAUCCUGUAUGCCUGAUGGGCGAGGAAAUAUGUUUGUGACUCUAAAGGAUCCUACAGGCACCGUUGAUGCAAGCAUUCACCGGAAGGUUAUUGAAGAAGAUAAAUUUGGAAAAUAUAUUUCAGUUGGAUCUGUUAUCAUACUUCACCAGGUUGUUGUGUUUUGUCCCGGUCGUUCAUCUCGCUAUCUAAAUAUAACAUUGAAUAACGUGAUCAAGGUCAUCAGCAAAGAAUGCUGCUCGGCCAGAGAAAUAAGUUCACCUGCAAGAACAUGUCUGCUUGGCAACAGAGAAGCACUGGCUGGAGUAACAGAAUCUCAGAAUGCAAUAACAAUGAAGAAUGCACAAUUAAAUCAAGGAAAUCGUGGACAACAGGUGAGUCAUGUUGAAGCUCAAAUUGCCCAUGUUGUCAGGAAGGAAAUUCCUAUUGAAAAGUUGAAGCACAACGUCAACAUGUUCAACUGCCAGUUGGAAGGGGCACAUGAAAUGCAAACAUGUAGGGCAGCUGUUGCAGAAAAUUCAGGUCUUCACUUGAACAGCUCAAAGGACAAAACUGCUGGAGUAAAGAAAUUGAUUGGAACUUCACUUGCCGAGUGGACAGAUGAACAGAUUAAUGAGCUUUUCAAUGAUUAUCAAGAUAUUUUUUAGUUUUUGAUAGUUAGUUAUCCAUGUACGAAGGAAUGAUCCUGUUAUCCAAGAUGUAAAUAUUUCAGGGAUACUUGUAAAAUCCCUUCUUUUUGGGCGUGUCAACUAAGUGGCAAAAGAAAAAAGGUUAAUGGUGAAAAUACUUUGAGAAAGCACCGACUUGUGACCAUGGAAUUUUAGGUUAUGUCAGCUAAAUCUUGCAGGACUUGCUCCUGCAAAAUAACACGGUUGUAUUUCUGCUAGGUACAAUUAAGACUUCGCUUCAUAUACAGAGUGAAGCCAGUUCAAUGGGUACAUCUAUAUUUUCUGAACC